GCGUUUGGUCGAAAUUGGAUUUCAUUCGUAAAUUUGAGCGAGAACGGUUUGUAUUUUGGAAAAGUAGUGUUGGACGGGUAUAGCUAUUUAGAAAAAUAGUUAAAAUAAAGUUGGAUUCAAAGUUAUAACUUUUCAAGUGAAUUGAAAACAAAGCCGAAGUUAUUAGAUAAUUGUUGGUGAAUUUUCAAUUCUUGGUACAUACACAAAUUUAUCGAUUUGUGUGAGCAAAGACAUCGGAUCAGACGACGACUACGUUACUGUUGCCAGCCAACAUGGCGGAUGACGAGCAAUUCUCGCUCUGUUGGAAUAAUUUCAAUAGCAAUUUAUCUGCUGGCUUUCAUGAGUCGUUAUGUCGUGGCGACUUGGUGGACGUGACGCUGGCUGCAGAGGGGCAAUUUGUUAAGGCACACCGUUUAGUACUAUCGGUCUGUUCGCCCUAUUUCCGUAAAAUGUUUACCCAAAUGCCGGCCAAUCAGCAUGCUUUCGUUUUUCUAAAGGAUGUAAGUCACACGGCACUCAAAGAUCUUAUACAGUUCAUGUAUUGUGGCGAAGUAAAUGUGAAGCAAGAAGCUUUACCUGCGUUUAUUAGUACAGCAGAGGCUCUGCAAAUAAAAGGGUUAACUGAUAGUGAUCCACCACCGUCACAGUCGCCUGCGGAACCUUCAACACCCACGCCGCAAAUCCAACAAAUUUCCUCUCCGCGAGUUCGUCAACGUACAUCAACUUCUCGUUCAUUUAAAAUAGAAUCGGUGGAGGACUCGGGAGAUGAUAAACAAACGCAGAUUGUCAUACAAACAACAGCAGCUCCUGCGGCGCAACAAGUGGUUGCUCAACCACAGUCCCAACAUCUGCAACAAACUCCAAGUCAAACGCAUAUAGCACCUCAGCAAAUAGCAAACACCACCACCGCCACUACCACUGUUGUUACGCAUAAACGACCAGCACGCAGCGUUGCAAGUGGUCCACACAUUAAACGCACCAAAAGUACAAUUGACCCCUUAGAUACAAGUGAGUCGAGUGGGGCCCAACAAAUUACUGUACAAACGGCUGUCGUGGCUGCCCCUGCGUCGGAAACUAAAACGCAAGUUCAACAACAAAAUGAAACCGAAUACAUAGACUUGCCGAUAGAAUUGCCCACGAAAUCGGAACCAGAUUAUGCUGAAGAUGCUGGGGACGUAGAGGGAGGAGAAAAUGAGGCCACAUAUGUAGAAGAUGAUUCGUACGGUGAACUUCGGUAUGAUGAUAGCUACUUUACAGAAAAUGAUGAAGCACCUACGGGUGCGACGACGGGGCAAACUAGUGCUGGGUCAGGUGGUGGUGGAAGUGCAACCACAUCAAAGGCGUUGGUGAAACAGCAACAGUCAUCGUUCACCGACACAUCAUAUGUGGACGUGGCGGAUCAAGCGAAUAGUGACGCACAAGUAAAACCAUUGACCCUUCCAAAGAUACUUGAUGGAAAGUUUUAUAAAAAUGUCCAACCGAAUAGAAAAACUAUUGGGGGAAUACAAGCGACGUGCACCACUUGUUUCGCAACAAUAUCUGGCACUACGAAGUCCACAGGAAAUUUUUUGAGUCAUAUUAAGAGACGUCACAAGGAUAUACUGCCAACUUGGAAGCUCUAUUGUCAAACGAAAGUGCAAAAUUUGACCGCUGUUUUGUCGUCUGCUUUUAAUGAAGGAUGUGAGAAUAUCAAAACAGAAUCAGACAUGAAAGAACUACAAAAGGAUCCUUUAAGUGAACCAAUAUAUUCUAGCCCUGGAAUAUUGCCACAACCUCAAAUACAAGGGACACAUGGUGGUCCUCCUAUGUCAUUUUUAUGGCGCAAAUCAUUGUCAGGAGUUCCAACAAGCUCUAUUACAGCUGCUGCAGCUCUACAAUACAACAGAAAAUUAAAAGGAAAUGUGGUAGCGAAUGGUUGCUUCGUUAGCAAAUAUUGAAAUAUUUAGUAAGAAAAAAAAGUUUCAUUUGCCAAAAGUCUGAGAACACUUUUCAAAAUCAGGGACCACAAAUUAAGAUCUCAUGGCGAAUUCACCAUGGUCAUUUCUGCGUAAGCCAAACCGCACCCGGAAAAACCAUAUACAACAACCUAGCAACUUUUUUCAGCAACGGAGGGCCAUUAACUGUCAGACUGAACCGAAUCUUACCAUUGCUCAGUAAUUUGUAAGAAAUCUCUAUGGCGCUAAACUCGAAAAUCUUGGCCUCUAAGUCUUCGGCCAGGGUAUUUAGAUUAUGGGCGGAGAAAGUGAGGUUAAAACUGAACUAUAGUUAAUCAUACAAAAGUAUUUAGGUAUAAUUUUCGAUAACCUCCUUCUCGGAUCACACUACAGUGAAAACAAAUAUACUCCAUAUCUAGUUGAUGAAUGCGUGUCUGAGUGCCACGUCAUCAGAGCGCGACCAAUAUAGGGCAAGUUCAGACCCUAAGACUGCCGAUACCUUUCCAGAGUGCACAAACGCCUCACAUUGUGCACAUUUCCAAAUGAACAGCACUGCUUCUUGGACUUUCAACUGAAGGAAUCAGACAGGAAUAAUUACUUAAUCGUCAGUUUAGUGACUUAGUACCGUUAAGAUUAUAAUUUUUAAGAUGUCUAUUGUUUAUCCAUGCAUGCAUAUAUAACUGUACCACGUAUUUUAUUUUUUAAUUUUCACAAUUUAAAUUUAAAUAAUUUUUGGAGUUAUAUUUAUUUUAUUAAAAUUAGUGUCAGUUGUGUCCAGAAAAUGGCAAGUUUUGAUUGAUCUGGAGCAAAUAAAAAGGUUUUAUAUGGUUUUUAUUUUUAAUUAAAAAGAUCACGUAUACAUAUGUACAUACAUGCACGCAUAUGUACAUAUAUAUAAAAAUAUAUGUAGCUCCAAAGAGAGAUUUUUGUUAUGAAAAUUCAAAAAUUACAAAAUAAUUUAGUUGCAAUAUUGGAAAUAAUUAUUAUGGUCCCUGUUGAAGACUUAGAAUGUAAUACAUUGCGGUAAUUUAUAUAUUAGGAGCAUUCGAAAUUAGUUUAGGAUAUCCAAUACACUAUUUUAUUAUCAUAUUUUGGCUCUUAAUAGACACAUUUAAGUAUAUGCAUAUGUACAUAUAUAAUAUUAAUGGUAUAAUAAACGUAAAAUUGUCUUUUUUCCGCAAUGCAUUACGAUUUCGCUACGCUGGAAGGAGUUAUUCAACGUACGCAAUUACAUCAACAUGACCAACUAGCCAUCAUUUUGUAUACUAAACUACUUAUUCUUGGACGGCGUAGCCAUGGUGGAUGUUCGCGAUUAUAUACAACCGUUAUUUUGAUUUUAGCCAUACAUUUGUUAGGUCAUGGUAUUUUUAGCAUUUUGUAAUAUGCCCGAAAUAAUCUAAACUUUGUCUAUAAACUAAGGUGUAAUUAUAGAAUUGUACCAUGCUCGUAAAUGUAAGGUCUUUUACAAUGUUUCCAUGGUAGUCGGGCCCCAAAGGUCAAUGACAGCGACAACAACAAUCUGCAUGUGUAUGGGGAACGAUUUGCACCGUAGCAACAAUAAAUCUAGAAAAGUCUGUCUUAGUACAUUCAAUAAUUAAAUGUUUA